AUGAUGAAGAGUCUGAUUCUGGUUGCGGUGCUCGCCGCCCUCGCUGUCUGCAAUGACGCAGCCGCUCUUCAGGAGCCUGCCUUCAGGGCAAACCUGUACCAAGGUUCUAUCAGGCCCGGAGACCGACUACUCCACAGCAACUACUACGUGAAGAACGCUAUUCCUAACGCUUCUCAGUGGCAGGAGAUCAAUUACAACGGCAGCUCACGCACAAGGAUCUCCUACAUCCAAGUCACCGAGGUCGGCUACUCCCAGCGGGGUAUUCCAUCCCUCAUGGCUGGUGGUGUCAACUACAACUACGCUAGAAUCAGGCUGACCACUCAAAGAGGAAUGGGUUACUACUACCGUGUUGAGAUCUGGGGUCGUUAA